AUGUCGAAGACCAAACUAAUGACCAACAGCAUAAAAUAUAGGUUAGAGGUAGAUGGCGCGGAAAUGGAAUACGUCCAAGAAUAUAUCUAUCUGGGCCAACUACUUUCUUUCCAGGCGAGACAAGAUAGAGAAGUUGCUAGACGCACCGAAAAUGCCUGGAAGAGCUAUUGGUCCAUGAAAGACCUAAUGAAAGGUAAUCUUACAUUAACGUUCAAAAAGAAACUCAUGGACGUGUGCAUUCUGCCCAUCCUUACCUAUGGCGCUCAAACUGGGUCUUUGUCAGAACAUCAGAAAUACAAACUCAAGGUUUGUCAGCGGGCCAUGGAGCGCAGUAUCUUAGGAGUUCGACUAUCGGACAGAAUUAGGAACACCACGCUGCGCUCCACAACUAAAAUCGUUGACGUUGGCCAUAAAGCCGCAGGCUUGAAGUGGAACUGGGCUGGUCAUGUCUGCCGCAUGUCACAUGAGAGGUCCAUUCCAGAAGUCCAAGUCUGCUAA